UCUUUAAAGUCAAGAUCAUAACAAAGUCUUUAAAAGUCAAAACCUUCAUGGACUUGCUUCUCUUCUUGGUGACCUUACAGUGUAGGAUGAUAUUGUCUGGUGUGCUCAUGCCAUAUCAUCUGUCUGUUACCCCUCUGAUGGCAGAGAGCAGAGUUGUGUUGAACUGUGUGAUGUGGAUAAACUGAUCCUCGAUCUAUGCUACUGGGCAACUCUCAACCCCCCCUCGCUGUGACCUUGCAGCCUGUCCCUGUGUGGCAUUGCCUUACAGUGGCUCAGCAAUACAUUCCCCCAUCAACAUACACAAAAGACACUCACAUUGUCUUUGUGGCAUACAUUCUGUGCAUAUUUUCACUGACCCGGACACACACAUACUUUAUAGGGAACACACAGGGAAACUCUCACUGAGGCCUGCCCCCCACACACUCAUCCCAAUCGCAGAGAGUGCUUUGUGCAUUCACUGACUGACUGGGCAGCUACUGAAGAGAGAGAGAGAGAGAGGGAUGCUGGUGGGAGGAGGGAGAUGGAGACAGCAAGAGACAGAGGGAUUACAAAGAGAACCAGACCCAGACAGAUAGAGAAGAAGAAGAGAUAAGACUUGCAGUGGGACAGCAGAGACACAUGUGUAGUAAAUAAUAACUGGUGGAAAGACAGAGUGAUAAGGGCAGGAAAGGGAAUACAGAAAUAGGAAGGGAAACGGGGCUUGUCCAACAGAGAGGAAGAGAGUGAGUUGUUGUAAAAUAAGCUGAGGGGAACUGAUGGGAUGGCAUUGAUCUCUGGGAGCUGCCGGCUCUUGGGCCAGAUGGCGUCUUGUUGCUGCAGACCGUUGCUCAACUCUUGCUGCUGUGGACCGUUCAUCAAAGUCUGCCUCUCCUCCUUCACAGACAUCUCUCCUGCUGAGCUCGAUGCUCUUUGGAGGGAACCACCAUAUACUCUUGGGGGAGCAAAUGAACACUUCUCAGGAAAUGGCAUCAUGACUCAAGGUGCAGGUGAGGAGGAGGAUGGUCCAGUGGUGGAUUCAGGUGAAGGAGGGGUGGAGCCUGAAAGCUACUGGAGGAAGAAAGAGGCCUUCCUUAGAGGAAGUACUGUAUCACUGGGAGAGAAAUUCUCCUCAGAAAUUGUGCUGCUGUUCACUGGGCGGAGGCGCUCCAGUGUGGAUCCUGACCGGGCCCUACAGGAGGCGCUGCGGACCCGACUACGAGUGGUGGAGAGCAACAGCCAGGACGUCAUCCAGCUCUUUAAAGACUUGUCUGCACGUCUGGUGUCUGUCCACGCUGAGAAGGAUAGCUUCGUACUCACAUUCAAGACUGUGGAGGAAAUCUGGAAGUUUUCAACUUACCUAGCAUUAGGCUACGUGGCUCGCUGCCUGGAGAACUUUCUCUGUGAUCAGUCCUUCUGGCUGGACUCAGAGCUCCUCAGAGACCUGGAGAUCAAUGUAACUGUGGAUGAGGAACAUCUGGCCACCCUCUACCUGGGACUUUUACUCCAGGAGGGAUCCUUUUUUGCUAAGGCACUUUUCACAAGAAGUGAGCAGGAUGAGGAAGACGAAGAACAGCUGUCAUUCAAAAAGAAUGACCUGCUGAUGGUAAGGGACACAGGGCAGGACAUCAUGUGGGAGGGCACCAUGCUUUCCACAGGAAACCACGGCCUGGUGCCAGUCAACGCUAUGCAACCGCUGCCUUAUCCCUUCUACCAGUGGUUCCUGAGGAAGUACCCGGGCAAUGCUGGAUGCUCGCCAACAGAAAAGGAAUCAUUUGAACAUUCUAUUGUGACGGGUACCUGUGUAGCAACGGUUGACUACAGUCCAGUGGGCCUGGAUGAGCUUCAGCUGAGUCAAGGUGACAUUGUGGAGAUCCAGGGUCUACUAGUCCGAGGCUUGGGCGUGUUCAUAGGAACACACACUUUCACAGGUCACACUGGUUUUGUUCAAAAGGCCCAUGUCAAGCCUCUGGACACCAUACCCCUAGACGGACAAUUGGUCUUUCUGACUGAGGAAGAGAGAGCCAGCUUGGCUCAGGUCAACCCGUGUAGCUCUGAGCCAAGUGACAGUGGCCUGCUGGAAAGACUCUUCUCGUCUGACAUCAGCUCUGUGUACAGGCUAGAUAAACUGGAUGAGACUGACUUCAUGUACAUCCGGAAUCGACCAAAACAUGAUUAUAAUGUUCCUACAAGUGCCCGUCAGAGCGUCAUAUCAGAAAGAAGUGGAGGGACACCCCCGUACCACUCCUCUCCUCGCACCUCUCUCUCUCAUUCCCAUCCUCGAUUGUCCCUCUAUCACUCCCACAAUCCUCUGCCACAGGAGGGAGAGCACCUGUCCUUCACCCUGGAUGACACAUUCAGAGAAAUGGACGAGUUCCAGGAAGACCCACCUCUUUUCUUGGAAGAGAACAGCUGGGAGGGAGAAGACUCAGAGCACAUUGACCCCACACUGACCCUUCUCAACCACGAACACUUCCAGGAGGACUUCCUGCCCCUGUACGACCUGCAGUAUUCCUUCCUGUGGGUGACCUUCAGUGGUAAGACUGAGGAUGAGCUAUCAGGAAACCUAGAGAGCAUCAGGGAGUGCGCUAAGAGGAUGGGCAUGCAUUGGGCACAUCGACGGGCUUGCUUCCUCCUGGGAAGACUCUGUGCCCGGAAGCUAAAGUUCUCCCAGGCCCGCGUGUACUAUGAAGAGGCCCUCAGUGUUCGUGUGAACAGUUUCUCUGACACGCCGCUCCACGUCGCUCUCAUCACAAAUCUCACCGCUGUCUACCUGAAGCAGCGUAUGACAGACAAACUGCCCCAGACUCUGGAGAAGGCCAGCGCCUUGCUCCUCUGUCUCCCCUGCCACAACUUCACCUCCAAAGAAGAGGUCGAGCUGCUGAAGCUGCUCCUGAGGCGAUCAGUGGUGAUGGGGGACAAACACCUGGAAGCUCGCGUCUGCUACCUCAUCGCCAACCUCUUCCUGUGUCUCAGGAAGACCGAUGAUGCCCUUCCCUUUGUUGAGCGACUCCAGUUCCUCUCAUUGAGUCUCUCUGCUGCAGAGGGGCGCCCCAUAGUGCCUGUGGACCUCAAUUGGCUCUUGAGCUGGCUCUAUCAUCGCAAAUACAUGCCUUACUUGGCACUGGCCUCUCUGAGCCUGGACUCAAGACAAGACCACUCCCUCCACGAUGCUUUCCAAAGGAUUGAGUUGUUUAUCAGGAACUCUGUUCGCCUGAACCCGUGCUGGAAGGAAGGUACCUCCCUGCUCCCUGCCCAGAUUGUGGUUUACCUUCAGCAGGCCCUGGCUAUAGCUGAGCAAGGGGAGGACAUGAAGACCCAGAGGGACCUGUGUCAGGGCUUGGCCUCAGUCUACCAGCAGUAUGGUGCUUUAGAUAAGGCAUUGGACUGUGCCCAACAAGCUGUGGAGACAGGAGGCCACAUAAAUGAGGAGGAGGGCUUUGAGGCCUCUGUGCUGCUCGGGUGGCUGCUGGUGUUGACAGGCCAAGCUGAGAAAGCCCAGAGUGUCCUCCAGCCACUGCUCACAUCACUCCAGGGCACAGACAGUCCCACGCAGCGAGGAGUGAUCCACAAUCUCUUGGCUUUGAGUCUGAGGCGUCAAGGACGCAUCCCAGAGGCGGGCUGGCAUCUUCACUCUGCUUUGGUUAUCUCCAGGGAAAGUGGAAAUCAGAGGAACCAGGCCCUGGCACUGGCCAACCUGGGCUGCCUGGCAUUGGAUGUGGGGGCAUCUUGGGUAGCAGAACGCUUCCUUGUCAGAUCCUUGCGUCUUUUCCUGGAGCUCUGGGAGAGCCCCACAGAUGAGGAGCAUGUUCAGACCUACCUUUGGCUGGGGCGCAGCUACAAAGACAGGGGGAGGAGACACGACAUCAGAGCGUGUUAUGAAAUGGGGCUACUAAUUGCACUACAUGCCAGAAACUUACACAGUCAGAUGGUGGUGGCCAAGGUGCUGAGUCGACUGUAUGCUGACAUGCUGCUGUAUGGUCAGAGUAUCGUCUACAAUGAGCACUGUGUGACGGUAUCCAGAGAGCUGAAGGACAAGAGACUCGAGGGAGAGUAUCUGGAAAUCCUCGGCAACCUCUACCUCUCACUCAACACUGAAAGAUCAUCUCGUAAAUCUCUGGACUACACCAAGCAGAGCCUGAGGAUUUCCAUUGAUUUGGGCAAAAGGGAGGAAGAGUCGGAGACCUGGCUACAGGUGGGACGCAUCUAUUACCUUAUCCAGGAGGACGAGCUAGCUGACAUGUACCUGCAGGCAGCAGUGAAGACAGCCCUGAAGAUGAAUGAUCCUCACUUUGCCAUGAACAUUUAUGAGGAGGCAGGAGACGUCUACUUCAAAGGCCACAGGAACCAAACUGCUUCAUUGCCUUUCUACAGGGAUGGGAGUCUGCCAUUUGCACGGAGCAUCAAGGACAUCGAUUCAGAGUUCCGUUUGUUGAGUAAACUGACAGAGCUGUUAAUGAACCAGGGAGAGCAGGAGGAGGCUCUGCAGUAUGCAACACUGGCUGUCGAGAUUGCCGGAAAAACAGGUGUGCCUGUCAAUGAAAGGACAGCCUACCAUCGACUGGCUACAGUCUACUACAGCUUGCAGCAGUAUGAGAUGGCAGAAAACUACUACCUCAAGUCCCUCUCGCUCUGUCCGCCCGUCAUGCAGCACCCUAUGGAGGCUCGCUACUACACCAAGGUCUACUGCAGACUGGGCAAUCUCACUCUACACAAACUGAAGGAUGCUUUUGAUGCAGUGGGCUACUUCCAGCUGGCUCUGGCAGCGGCCAUGGAGGACCAAGCUAACCCCGAGGCUCUGUAUGUGGUGUACAUGAAGCUGGCUGAGAUCCACGGCAACCACAUGCCCGACACUAAGCUGUGCCAAGUUUACAGAGAGAGAGCCCAGAGUCUGAAGAGAGUUCUGGCUGGAGAGGAAGGAGUUGCUGUUGGAGAGGAAAACAUGGACGAUGCAGACAAAGAGCCUGGUCACAAGAAGGAAAAAGAGUCUGAUGCUCACGUGGAACCUACAGAAAGUUUGAUUAAGGGAAAUGGCGUGUUCACUUCUAUACCUAAAAAUGAAAAUUAUGAAGACAACUCAUUUCCAAGAACUUGUAUAAUGCAUGGAGACACAAAUGAAAGGUUUACAGACACUAAUAGUGGAGAUACUAAUGGGAGAGAAGAUCACAACAUUAAUCUUCCUGAUACAGAUGGCCCCUUUGUGGACGCCUCUGGGUCUGAGACAGAAACCAUCGCCAGUCAGUCGUACAGUGACAGUAUUUUUACUGAGUCCUUUGAUACAGCGCAGGAGCAGAUCUCAGACUCCAGCAGCUCCACUGACACUUUGCAAACUCACCACAAUCAAACAGAUGGGAAGGACUCAGACUUUGAUACUGCCCACAGCAUUCCCAGUCACAUAGCUGUUAAUCACACAAGUGACAUCACAAGACACACAGACGGCCAAAACACAGACUCUGAUAUUCAGGAUGAGCAAAACACCCUCACUAAAGAAACAGACGCCAAAGAUCCCAAUCAGGCUGAUGCUGACCAAACAGAGACUGUAAAUACAGAUGAAGCUGUAAGCGACAACACAGAGAAAGAUAAAUCUGGUGAGACAUACAUGGAUUUAGAUGAUGUCUACACAUAGCCUCCCAGAUUCACUGACAUUUCCUUUGUCUGGUCACAUGUUUCUUGACCAGCAAACUGACUCCAACGUUCCAGCCACAUGGCACUUAUUGUAGGAUGAAAUGUCAAUACUGUUUCAGAGAUGUAGUGACUUUAAAGCAUGUGCCUUUUGUUUUGUAAUAUUCUAUGGUUAUUACAGUGCAUUGUGCUUGUAAAAUAUGUUUUUUCUAAAUGUAUUUUUAGUAUCUCUGGAAGAUAUGACUCAAACAUAAAGGAUGUUAUUUUGUUU